ACUCGUACAUGAGUACGAAGUCAAAACACAGUUUUUUUGUUAACCGAAAUCUGUACUCGUACAUCAAUGUGUUAAAGGUUCCAGUUUUUCAUGCCAAAAAAAAGAUCAUCACUUUCAAUUAAGCUUUAGGUUUUUCAACAUUCAUUUCCAUUUCACUUAAAUCAAUCACUCAAUUACACACACACACACACACACACACACACUAUGCAUAAGCUAUUCUCUUUCAAAUUGAUCUCCAAAAACCCAUCAAAAUUUGCUUCAAAAACCAUAAGAUCAAACCCAAUUUCCCAUCAAAAGACUUCCAAUUUACCCCCAAAUCACCAUUAUCAUGUGUUCACCAACUACACUACUGUUUCACCAAAAAUGCCCACCAACUGUUUGAUGAAAGUCCUUUCAAACCCAUGUUCAUUUAAGCAGUUUUUGCCUAAUGGGCUUAUGAAUUCAAGAAAGUUGGUUGUGGGUUUUGAAAAUCUUGGACUUUUGAGAGCUUAUUUUAGCAAAUAUAAUUUUCAAAUUCAUCGACCAACUGGUUAUCGUAAUACAUGGUUAUCGCAGUUCAGAAGGAAACUUACAACUGAAGGUGUAGUAAUAGGCUUGAUAGUAACAAAUGUUGCUGUGUUUAUGUUGUGGAAAGUCGCCGACCGUAGAUUCAUGGUGCAAAAUUUCAUGAUAAGUCUGGACAACUUCAAAAGUGGACGGUUUCAUACUUUGAUAACUUCAGCUUUCAGUCAUUAUGAUGUUGGACAUGUUGUCUCCAACAUGAUCGGGCUUUAUUUCUUCGGGAUGAGUAUUGGACAUCAAUUUGGUCCUGAAUUUCUGCUGAAGUUGUACCUAGCUGGUGCAGUUGCUGGUUCCGUCUUCUACUUGGUGCAACAUGCUUAUCUUGCCCUAUCAUCAAAGGAAAGACGGUUGUUUGAACGCGACCCUUCAAAUAUUCCUGCUCUGGGAGCAAGCGGUGCAGUGAAUGCAAUCAUGCUGCUCGAUCUAUUCCUUAAUCCAACCAAAACUGUAUAUCUAGAGUUUAUCAUACCAGUCCCUGCUAUAUUAUUGGGAAUCUUUCUAGUCGGGCACGAUAUGGUGAGAAUAUUAGAGGGAAAUACUCAAAUCUCCGGAUCUGCUCACUUGGGUGGUGCUGCAGUUGCAGCCUUGGCUUGGGCACGGUUGAGAAGGGGACGUUUUUGAUGUCUGCUAGUCAACCUCACUUUAUCUAACUUAGGAGUAUAGAUUAUAUUAUAGGGUAUUAUGUCUUUUCCAACUUUCACCCACACUCGGGUCAAUUCACAACUCUAUAGCACUCAUGGAAGUGUCCUAUCGAAACCUUUUACUAAACUCUAAAUCACCCAGUUCAUGGCCUGAAAUAUCUGGUUCUGGCUUCCUAGCUAAGAAUGGAUGAGUCUGUUAGUCCUUUGGGUCAAGUGGUCGGCUAUGAAACAGCUUUGUUAGGCUUAAUUAGUGUGAAUUUGUACCGAAAGUCAAAAGCUAAUUUGGAGAGGACGUGCAUUUUUUAAACAAGACUCUGCUGUCAAAUUUAUGAAGUGGUCCGACUCUUAAUCAUCGUAAAGGGUUGUCCCAUAUAAGUAUAUAACCCAUUUGGCCAUUUAUAUGAUGGCCCAUUUAAAUUGGAUUAUUUGUUUGCCAUCA